UAAUAAUAAAUAAUAAAUAAAUAUUUAUAUUUAUGGCUAAUAGCUACGACAUACCCAGUUGGGCAGGCAAACCGCCUACUGGGCUACAUUUGGAUGUCCUGAAAGAAGAAAAAUUAGUCCAGAAAUUGAUGGUGGACGAAAAGCGAUGUUAUCUAUUUGGACGGAAUAGUCAGAUGAAUGAUUUCUGCAUAGAUCACGCCUCCUGCUCUCGGGUCCAUGCGGCCUUUGUGUAUCACAAGCAUCUAAACAUAGCCUACUUGGUGGAUCUCGGAUCCACGCAUGGCACGUUCAUAGGGACCUUGAGGCUGGAAGCUCAUAAGCCCACGCAGCUGCAAAUCAAUUCCACCUUUCAUUUUGGCGCGUCGACGAGGAAUUAUAUUUUGCGUGAGAGACCCUCAGCUGGUCAACAUAGCAAUAUAAUGGAGGAUCUGCCAUUGAGCGAGACCACUGAUGGUGCCCUCUUGGGUUUGCCAGAAUGCCAAACGGAAUUGGAUAAUCUCACCGAAUAUAAUACUGCUCAUAAUCGACGUAUUUCUAUGCUGGGUAUUGCCGAUGACAAUAAUAUACGUAAACCUGGACGUAAGCGUCGCAAUGUUACCUUCAAUGAUGAAGAGAUCGUCAUUAAUCCUGAGGAUGUGGAUCCGAAUGUGGGCAGAUUCCGUAAUUUAGUGCAGACAACGGUUCUGCCAGCCAAACGGGCACGCUUCGAGCCCAAUCAUAUGGGUAUCCAUGCAGGUGGUGGCCAUACCAGCACUGCCCAUCAGAUGUUUCAGCAGAGUCUCGUCGAGAUUAAACACAACCAACAGCAGCAGCAGCAACAUCGAGAUAAUCAGAAAGACAGCAACUCCAGCACCGGGCAAUUGUCGCAUUCACCUCAUUCGCCUAAUAAUUUAUAUCAGGGUAUACCAGCUACUACAUAUGAUAGCCAUGAACCCAUUUCACCCUUGAGCAUUGGCUCCAAGCUGGGCCUGCUUCUGCCUAAUCCUGCACCAGAUGUAACGCCUGUUUUCGAAGAGCCAGCAGUGGCGACCACUUCAAUAGCCCAAAAAUUGGCCAUAGCAAAUGCGAAUGUUCGUCGGUUUGUGGAGGAUGCUGAUUCAAGUGGCGAAGGAGACGCCUUGGGCCCGCAAAAGAAGAAAUAUGCCAAGGAGGCGUGGCCAGGGCGUAAGCCAAUGUUGGGGCAGUUGUAAGGAUAUGCAGAGGAGAAGGGGGACAGAGAGAGUAGUCAAGUGCUGCAAAGUCCAGGCUGAAAAUCCCACAAAAAUAUAUAGACACCUACGUAGAUUAGAGUUCUUUUUUUAUAACAAUUUAGAUUUACUUUUACAAAGUUUUAUGAAUUAUUAUUUGAUAUUCAAUGAUUAUUAAUUAUUGUACUUCUGUUA